AUGAUAACAUUUAAAACUCAUAAAGAUCAACAAUUAAAUAAUGAAUUUAUUUCAUUCAAGAAAGAGGAUGUUGAGAAUACAGGAUAUUAUAGAUAUAAGAAUUGUAAAGAAUUUCAACAAUCUAAAAGAUUAACAGAUGAAAUGGUGAGGGAUUUACAAAGAGAAAAGAUUCAACAAACAACACCACCUUCCUAUAGUUCAGUUGUGGAACAAGAGAAAUUAGACUUGGUCGAAGAAUUUUUCCAAUCAUUUGACCAUUCAAUUAUGAUUUGUAACAUUGGUGAUAUAAAUCAAUUACUUCAUGUUUUCAAACAUCGUAUCUAUGAAGUUCAAUUACAAUUUACAAAACAACAAUAUCAUUAUCUAAUUCCAAGAUUAUUUGACUUAUUCAUUCAAUUUAGAGCUGAAGAUCUUGGUAAUGUUAUAAUUGAAUUUUUAAGUUUAUUAUUUUCUCGUGGUAAAAAAUUAAUUGAAUUAAAAGUUAAUUGGAGACCACUUUAUAAAAUUUUUAAAGAAAAUUGUGAAAUCUCUAAACAAUAUGGUUCAUUUGAUGAUCAUCAUUCUACUAUUAAAUUACAACAAAAAUUUAAUGUUUUAAUAUAUAAUUGUCAACCAUUUUUUGGAGGUGAUGAAGUUGUUGAUGAAUUAUUGGAAGAGAUUGGAGGAUAUUUAGUACCACAUUCAAAUUAUAUUUAUUUCUGUGCAAAUGUUUUAUAUUUAUUCACACCAACUUAUCAUUUUUCAACGUUGACAUCAAUACCAAAAUGGGUUGACCUCUAUUUAAAUUAUUAUUGGAGUUGGAUAGAUUUCAAUAAGGAUUGGGAUGAACGUUGGUUAUUCAUCUUUUCAAGAGCAAUUAAAUUUGGCGUAAAUAUUGAUUGGACACCCAUUUUACCAAUUCUUUAUACUAAAAUGUUGAAGGCUUUGGAUUUAGGCGUUGGCUCACCAUCAAUGGCACACCUAAAACCUGUCAAACAUAAAAUACCAGAAAUCUUUAGAUUAACACGUGAAGAUAGAAUGGAAUUUCAUUCAAUUGGUAAAAUCAUUGCUUGUUUAAUUAAUUCAAAAACUGAAAAACCUGCAAUUCAACAUUUUAAAACUUUAAUAUCAAAAAUUGGUUUAUACUUUCAUCCUUCAAAUACUGGUGAUUGGACAACUGAUUUAGGUGAAAUGACUUUAUCAAUGUCAAAAUCAUUUUUAAAAAGAAAUAAAUAUAUUCCAUAUUCAGAAUUAAUUAUUCAAGAAUUUUUAGAAAUUAUUUAUCCAUCUUUAACAAAUGCACUUUAUUCAAAAAAAAAAAAUAUAUCAUUAACAAUUGCUAAAAUUAUGAAUGAAUUUUCACAUGUUGCACCAACAUAUAUUUUACCAAAAAUUAUUGAUGAUUUUUAUUCAUCAGUUGAUAGAGAAGAAGUGAAUAGAUUAAUUGGUGGUAUUGAAGUUGUUUCAACAUGUUUACAUCCAAUUUUAUUUUCACCACAAUUUCCAGAGGGUAAAACUCAUUUAAUAACAUUUAUGGAGAUAAUGAUUAAAUGUUUGGAUCCAAUCUAUACAAAUAAGGCAUCUGGUACUUUUAAAUUUUUUAAUAAAUUAUUUAGUUCAAUUUUAAUCUCUGAUGAAAAUCAAUACAUUGAUCAAUGUGAAAAUCAAAUUGAAGAAAAUGUUACACUUUCAACUUCAUUAUUUCAAGAAUGGUCAAUUAAUUUUGUUGAUGCUACAAUUAAUUUCUUAUUACAAUCAUCAACUAAAAAAGGUAAUUUUAAAAGAGAAACUGUACCAAAUAUAUUUUUUAGAGAAACAAUGGAAUUAUUUUUUGGAGCAUUAUCAAAUGAAAUUUUUAAAGCGGUAUUAGCUAGAUUAAAAUCAGUAUUUACAAAUAUAUUUGAACCAGAAUAUUAUAAACAAUUGGGCGAAUUUUUAAAAUCUUCAACAUUAAGAGAUCCUAUUCAAUCAAUUUCUGUAUUUUUACCAGUAUUUGUAAAUAAAUUAUUUAUCAAACAUAAAAUAACCAAUGGUAAUAAUAAUAAUAAUAAUAAUAAUAAUAAUAAUUGUAAUAACAACUAUAAUAGCGGAAUAAAGUAUGAUAUAAUUGGUGAUUUAUCAGAUCAAGAACUUAGAUUAUAUAUUACAUAUAUUGGAUAUUUAGUAUUUAAAGGUGGUCAUGGUUUGGUUGAAUUUAAAGAUCAAUUAAUUGAUAUUUUAACGGUGUUAAUGGAAUCUGAUAAUAAGAUUGUAUUAAAAGCAACUUCAAAAGUAAUUCGUAAAUUAAUAUUCUCUCUAACUCGUAUUUAUCCAUUAAAUACAAGAGUUGUACCACAAACAAUCGUUAAUAGAAAAGAGAAUCAUAUCAAAUAUUGGGGUUCAACAGAUUUAUCAACUAUAUUACCAAUUGAAUGGUUUGAACCAAAUGAAAAUGAUAUCAAUUUCGCUAAAUUAUUAAUUGAUAAAUUUUUGAAAGGAACAAAUGAUAAAUUAUCAAAUUAUAUUAAUUCUUUAAGAACAAAUGAUGAAUCAAACAACAACAACAAUAACAAUACAUAUAAUAGAAUGAAAUUAUUAAAUUUAGUUAAACCAAUUCAAAGUAUUUUAAGAGCAGCAACAUUUUUAAUUAAAGAUACAAGUAAUGAGAUUAAACAAUCAAAAGAUGAAUUUAGAUAUCAACCAAAGAGAUCCAAAUUUGAACAUGGUGAAAUUAGUUUCCCAGAGUUUUCAACAUUAAAACAAGAGAUUUUUAAUAACUAUAAAGAAACCAUUCAAUAUUUAGAGUCAAAGAAUAUUAAUGAAGAGAUUAAUGUACUUAGAGUGAUCUCAAAAACUUUAUUUGUAAUGUUUUAUUGUAGGGGUGAUAUAAUUGAUCACACUCAUGAUCAUCUAUUUGAAAAAUGGAAGAAUCAUAAAAAGUUAAAGGGUAGAAAUUAUUUGGUUUAUAAAGCAUUCAAAAGUCAUUUAAUUCGUCAAAAGUUAAACUUUCAACAUAUGCCAAUCACUCAGUUGGCAUUGGAUUCAAUGCAUUUCACUUUGAACCUUUCAGUUCAUAAUUAUCGUCGUGUUAGAGAAACCGCUCAAAAAGCAUUUGUAAAUAUAUUGAAUAUGUUUAAUGGUUCCUAUGAAAUUAUUUUACCAAUUUGUAUAGAUCGUUUAUUGGAUAUGAAAUCCGAUCCUGAAAUUAAAGGUAUUAGUUUUAUUUUUCAAGCUAAAUCAAUCUCAAGAAAACUUAAAGGUAAUACUGAAUGGGUUAAAAAAUUACAACCAAUGGUAGCAAAACAAAUCGAUCAAAAGUUCAAACCAAACACUAGAGCCACUUUCUCUGAACUUAAAAAGGUUUUAUUAAUUGCAAAGAGAUUACCAAUUUUAAAUUAUUAUCAAUCUAAAGAAAUGAAAAGUUUAAAUUAUUAUCAAGGUGGUGAUAUUGUUGAAGAUAUCGUUUCAAAUAAUCAUUAUUCUUGUUAUCAAAAAGGUAUCAAUUUAAAUAGUCUAACUGAGCAACAAAAACAAUUGAUUGAAAAAGCAUCAAAAUCAAAUAAAGAAAAAGUUGAUAAGAAUAGAUCAAAUCUUUUAAUUGCAUUAGAGAAUAUGGUUACUUUAAGUAAAUCAAGUGAAAAGAAUGAUAGUUUACCAUGGAGAAAUCAUUUAUUCCUUUUAUCAUCGAUCAUUUAUUACUUUUCAAUUCUUUUUAAUCCUUCACCAGGUUUAAAAGAUGGUUUCCCAUAUAGUGAGAAAUAUAAAGAUCAAGAGCCAAUCAUUAAAGAGGUGGUAUUAUGUAUUGCUAAGAAUUCAAAAUGUGAUUUCCCAUUCAGUAGAAUCUAUUGUUUACAUUCAAUUGCAAAUAUAUUAGCCGUACAAUCAAAUAAAAAUAUUGAAUUUUGUUAUCAAAAUUAUUUUGGUGAUAAUCGUUUCUCCACUCAAGAGAAAAUUGACUUGGAAAUUUAUGGUUCAAGUGUAGAUUUUGAAAAAUAUCUUUUCAAUUUAACAAAGGAUGACAUCAUAACCUUACUAUUUACUGAUGGUACCAAUUGUACAGCCAAUAGUAAUGCAGGUAGAUUAUUUGCUUAUAUGUCACAAGAUCAUGAAGAAAGUUCAACCAAUUCAUUUUGUCAAUCAAUGACCAAUAAGAAUUUUACACCAUCUUAUCCAAAUACAAGAGCAUCCGUAUCAAAUAAAGAUUUCCGUUCUUUCAAUGCAAACUAUUUCUUUGGUUUAUUUCAAGCCGUUGGAGGUAUUAAAUUCAUCGAUACCAUUAAACCAAUAAUGGAGAAAUUAAAAGGUAAAUCUGAAAAAGAGGAUUACUUUUUAUUGGUUGAAAUGUUGGCUGGUAUUUCAAGAUAUAUCUCUAUCAAUGAUGAUCUAUUAGGUGAUGAAAGAGAGAAUAUCUUUUCUUGGGUAUCUAAUAUUGCUUUCAUUAGUUUAACUGGUUGUUCAAAUGAAUGUACCGAAGCUUGGACAAGUGCAAUCCGUUUCAUCACUCAUAAUAUUAGAUUCGAUAAAAUUGAAUGGUUUUCAAAUUUACUCUUUGAAGUUCAUAAAAAAACAAAUAACAUUUUAGCUGGUUCAAAAUCAAUUAAAUUCUUAAAAGCUUUCUUGGUUGAAGUAACUUGGAAGAAUAAAGAUUUAACAGAGAAAUUAUUUGAAAUCGCCAAAACUGAAUUCUCAAAUAAUUAUAAACAAAUUAGAAUUGAAGCAAUGAGAUUAUUAUCUUUAUUAAUCAUUUAUCAAUCAGAUUUCUCUGUUCACCCACCAAUUAUUCCACAAAAAGAAACUUCAAUACUUCAAGGAUUCAUUGAUAUUAUUUCAAAUUCAUCACCACCAUCAAGUGGUUCAAAUUCUCCUUUAUCUCAUGUUAACAAUGGUACUAAUGGUAUUGCCACCACCAAUAGUGCUGAUGUUACAAUGAUUGAUAAUAGUAAUAGUAAUAACAAUAAUAAUGAUAAUAAUAAUAAUAGCAAUAAUAAUAAUUCUAAAAACUCAAAGAAUGCAAUUAAAGAGAACAUAUUAUUAUUAAUUUAUUUUUUAAAUUCUAAAAAUCCAGUAUUGGUUAGAUCUGCACCAACUCUAUUAAAGGCAAUUAUGUCUUUAACUGGUGACUCAAAUUUAGAGAUUGCAAAAGAUUCAUCAGGUUGUGUUUAUAGAAUGUCACAAGAGUUUUAUUUUGAAAGUGGAGUUAUUGAUCAAUUCAUUACCGUUUUAAAUCAAACCCUUCAAUCACCUUCUUGGAAAAUUAGAACUUCAAUUUUACAAUUUGUACAAGUAUUUUUCUUUAAUCAUUCUUUUAUAUUUUCAAAUCAACAAACUGAUUCAAUUGUUAAUACAGUUUUAGCAUUAACAAAAGAUCCACAAAUUGAAAUUCGUGAAAAAUCAAAAGCAACAUUGGCUUCAAUUUUAAUUUCUUUUAAAUCUGACUCAAAUAUGGUUGAAAAUUUAAUUAAAAAAGCUAUUAAAAAUUUAAAUGUACCAGAUCAAAGCUUCAUUGAAAAGUAUUCAUCAUUAAUUAUUCUUAGUUCUGUUGUAUUGGCGGUACCUUAUAAUAUUCCAAAGUAUAUACCAUCUGUGCUUCAACAAUUAUCAAGAUAUUCAAGAAAUAGUCACUACAAAACUGCAGCAUCCACAAUUUCUGAAUUUUGGAGAACUCACAAAGAAUCUUGGGAAGAAGAUAAGCGUCAAUUCACUGAAGAAGAAGCGGAAACAAUUUUGUCCACAAAGGUUGCACCUUCUUAUUUUGCAUAA